AGUGAAGUGCAGUUCUCCAUUUUGGUAAUUCCCAAUGGAUAUCCCUGUAAAUCCUCUCACACCAUGGUUUACCCCAGAAGGAAAGAAGCCAAAAAUUUUGUUAAUUCAGAAAAGAAUUAGAUUCCAAAGAGCACGAACAAGGCUAGUUGACAGCAUUUGGUGGCGUAGAAGGCCUCUCGGGGAAGUCAAAAAGCUAUAUCAUUGUGCUUCUUCCUCUAAAAAAUGGAAAACUCAACAUCAAAGCAUGAGGUCCUGAAGCCAGUGAUCCUAAAAGCUGGUGUUCCUUUGGCCGUGUCUUUUGCUGGUUUUGUAUAUGCUUGGUUCGUGGCAAAGAAAAGCCUCUCUAAAACCUCUUCUUUAUCACCAAAUGGAGCAGGUUCCCAUGAAAACAAUUCCCACCACGACCCUUCAUAUGAAGAAAGUUGUUGUCAUAGUGAUAGCCUCUCUUGUAUGGAAGAUGAAGGAAAUAGCACAACUUUGGAUGAAAGUGUCGUUGCUGAAAGUUCUCUGAUCCCUGACAUGCCAUGUUUAGAAGAGGAGAUUAAUGGCUUAAGAAGCAGGAUUGAGGGUAUGCAAAUGAAAGAGUUGGCCUUGCGUUUUCAGUUUGAUCGUUAUUGUUGGUUGAAGGAGCAAGAAACUGUGGUUGGGGAGAUCAAAACCAUGUUGUCGCUUGAGACUGCACGUGUUGACUUCUUGGAUAGGGAGAUUUCAUCGAUGGAGACACAGAAUAAGAGGUUGGAGAGUUUUGUUGCUCAAUAUCUCAGAGUUGUAGAACAGAUAGAGCGUUGGAAAUCUGAGAAUAGAAUGCUUCGGAGGAAGUUUCAGAAGCUGAUGAGGAAAUCAAAGGCACAAACCCGCGUGGCCAAGGAGCAGGCUUUGAAGAUCAAAAUGGACGAAGAAGAAAUAUUGAGAAGCCGUGAUGCCUUGGAAACAAAAGUUGAUGUCAUUGGUAAACUAGAGGAUAAAAUGGAAGAGCUGCAGAGGGAUUUGGAUCAAUUGCAUGAUGAAAAGAAUGAACUUCUGAAGAAGCUUGAUACAGCAGAAAAAUCACAUGCUUCAGAGAUUGAAGCUGGAGAUGUAAGUAGGGAAGAGUACAAACAGGUUGUGGAUGAACUGGAGCAGAUGAAGAAGGACCGAGCAGAUGAAGCUAAAGAGCUGAUUUACUUGCGGUGGACCAAUGCCUGUUUAAGGCAUGAUCUAAUGAGGCCUCAUGAACAACAACAUGAUCAAGAUAAAAGCCAUUCAGAAUUGGAAUUCGAAAGAAAUGAUGUAGUUAUCCAUUAUGACUCAGAGCAUGAACUACACAAUUCUGUUUUGGAGCAUCACAGUGAUCCUUCCUUUGAUGAGCAUCAUAACAGUGACAGUGGUUGUUCAAAAAGGAAAAAGUUGGUUGAAAGGCUGAAGAGAUGGGUGGAAGGAAGUGAAAAAGGUAGAAUUAGACAUUCUGUUUCGAAAGGGACAGAUGAAAAUGUAGUUCCUAGAAGGAAAUCGUGUUCUAGUGCUUGAGCCAACUUAGUACUGUGUUGUGUUAUACUUAGUUGUUACCAAGAAGCUUCUGAGUUUGGCGCAGAAGCAGUGACUGUGACACCACAUUUGUUGCAACACUAGCUACCUCCUUCCUCCUUCAGAACACCACAAUUUACAGUUUCAAACAUAUAUCUAGCACGAUGUGAUCUACCAUUAACAUAUCUCAUCAAAUUAUUGACUUUGUAAAUAGGUAUUGAGCAUAGUGUAAGCACCAGCUACAUAUAUAUUCAGGUGUAAUAAACAUCUAACGAAUUGACUGUAACAAUUU